UGCCUUACCUUUUCAAGAGGCAGAGACCAAAUCCAGAUUUCAUUUGUGCAAAGCGGAAUGCCCAGAUUUAAUUUCUGUCAGCCAAACGUGUGAAGAGGCAGCAGAGUGAAUGCAUAUAUUUACCCACGAAGAAAGUUCUGUUUGGAAUAAUGCCAGAAUCACCCAGGAUGUUCUGCUGCCUUUUUAUGGUUGGUUGUGCAAUAAUGCUCACUCCCAGUGGUGCACUGAAAUCCCUGAAUGAUCCGUCACAAAAUCAGCUGGUCCAUAUUAGAGAAAGUCUUAAAUCCUCCAGGCCAAAGCGUGACACUGCAAAAGAGUGCCCAGAGGAGAAAGUCAUCACAGAGGAAAUUCUAAAUGAUGACCUGAUUGAAGAGCUUAUAUAUUAUACUCCUCGGGAGCUAAAAUUGUGCUUGACUAUGGAAAACCUAAUGAACAAUAUUAGUGCAUUCUCAGAGUAUCCUUUCACAGAAGAACAGCUGAUAGCAGUCAAGGAAAAACUGGAUGAGAUAUUUCCUGAGGGAUAUCCUCCUGCUGUAAUCAGUAACCUUGGACUCCUUGAAAAACUAAUAGAUAAAAACAACAUCAAGCAAUGGACUAUCAAUUCAUCAAGCACAGUUAAAGCUUUAUUGCAUUUUGUAUCCAAUGAUGAGAUGAGGAGUGCAGUUCUUCAGCGUUACAUUGAAUUGAGAAAGGAAAUUGACAGCGAUUUUCUGAAUGUGCUUGGGCAAUACAUCUGUCUCCUGAAUGAGGACCAGCUCAGCAUGAUAACUGAAAAGAGCAUUAAGACGGCCACUCUCCUUGACCCAUCCAAUUGCUCAUCAGCCAAAAAGGAUUAUCUGUAUGCCAAAGCCAAGCGGGCUUUGUCUGAUGGCCACUACAGUUACAGUGAAUAUUAUAAACGGAUCAAGCCAUUUCUGGGAGGUGCUCCGGUUGAAGAUCUCAGGGCACUUAGCAAAAAUGAUGUCAACAUGGAUAUUAACACUUUUUUGGGCCUGAAAAGCAGCUCUGUCAAGGAAUUAACCCCUGAAAAUGUGAAAGGCCUGCUGGGUGAAAACCUAAAUAGCUUGAGGGAUAAUCAAAAUAUCCCACUUGUACGAGAGUGGAUCCAGAAGCAGAAGCAAUCUGAUCUGAAUAGCCUUGGUCUGGGACUCCGAGGUGGCCUUCCCAAAGGGUUUAUUGUUCUUAAAAGGCCCAAGAAGCAAGGCUGAGCUCUGAAACUCCACCUUCUGCUAAACGACCCUUUGGCUUCUUACUUCAACCGGGCAUCAUCUAUUCAAGUUCAUCUCUGCAAGUGAAGAGUCCAGCAAACAAAAGUGAAUAAAUCUAGUGUUUGAGGAUGUAAUACAA